GCCGGACCUGCUCGUCUCCUGCUCGUCUCGUCUUGCACCAACCCGCCGUACUUGUCUUGAACCCAACCCGGUCUGUUAUUCUUCCAUAUCCUACGAGAUCGCGCUCUAUUGUUAUUCACGAUACCUACAUUGCCCGUCUGCGAGGCGAGUCCACCCAGAGCUCCCGACGCACUCCGGCCGUCCUCCUCUUCUGCUGCUGUUUCUAUUUCCGUCCGUCUUGAUAACCUGCUUGUACCUACCUGCUUGUCGUCCUUCCUUCCCUGGUCUCACCAGACUGCUUGCUGCCUCCCUGCCUCACCUAGGCGUUUUAGACCUUGACGACCGCAACGGCCACCCCUCAAUACAACAACUAAUACCACACGUCAGCUGGCUGCCUCUGCCGCUGACCUUCCACUCCUUUGUUAGCCACACAUCUUGCUGCACACUCGCGACCUUGGGACGCAUAACAGGUCCUUGUUUCUAGGAAUCCAGUCAUUCCUGCCGGUACCUGGCCAUCAGAUAUCACCCCUCCUGCGCCCCUCGACGUCCGCACCCCGUGACCCCCUAUCCGGCCCUGCCACGCGCCUCACCACUGUUGCUGGUCACCAGAAGCUUCCGCCCACGCCGUGGUUUGGCCUGCGAGGGUUCUCGGCCCGUGUCCAGAGCAGGCAACUGCUCUAGGCUUUUGAAGCCUAUACGGAUGCCCGGUUCGUCCUCCCCCGGGCCCUCUUCACCCGUCAUCCACCAACUCGUCCUCCUCGUCGACUCUGCAGCUGCCCGAGCACCGUGGGCCGAGCUGAUACCAUGAAAGGCGCAAAGAAGGACAAGAAAAAUGGAAAAGACAGUGGUGGGGGUGUCGUUGCCGCCAUCACCAAGCACGCCGCCGGCAAGUUCACUGACAGUCCCAACAAGGAGCCCGCUUCGGACUCAUCCUCAUCCCCGGUCCAGUCCCCAGACCUGAAACCUGCCAGCAUACCCUCAAGUGGGAAUACCGCUCCCUCGCCGCUUCUGGACGCCGUCUCUGCCACGUCGUACGCGACAAGCACCGCAAGAAGCACGACCGAAUGGACAAAAGGAGUUGCGGGCCUGGCAGGCUCACCGGGGAAUCUGAUAAACCUCAUGGGGGAAUCGCCGCCCACUGCACCCUCGUCCUACGAGGACACUCGUGGCUGGGCUUCACCCCGUCCCAUCUACAAUGGCCAGCCCGUGUCUGCCUCACCCCCAGUCCAGGGCAGGCGGCCGCUCAGUUUCCAGAUGGACCAACAUUACGCACCGUCAGAGGCGUACGCCCCGUCGGUUGCCUCGUACAGGCGAAGCUCGAUGCAUUCUCAGACUGCCUAUGCGCGGGGUGCUAAUAACCCGCCGCUUCCACACCAGCACCAGGCCCACUUCUAUGGCACACCAGAUAUCGACCUGGAGUUCGGGCAAGUGGCCGGGAUGAAACCUGGUGAGAGGGGUUAUGCCUUUGGUUUCGACACACUACCAAGGAUCCAGGGCACUACUGCUCGGGGCAAAGACACAGUCGUGCUCACCGGCUACGAAGGCGGCCUUGAGGUGCAUUCGGCCACGAAGAGUGGCGUCGAACCCGUGGCAAGCCUGAAAGGCCUGCGAGGAGGAGUCUACUUUGCCAAGAUCCUGCCUUGGACCGCGACUGGCGGUGUUGUGCAUGACCCGAGCCCCCUCGUGGCUGUUGUCGUCCACGGGCCCGUACUGCCACAAACCACCCCUGAAGUCAAGGUCGAUGGCAACUACGCCAGUGGACAAGAACGCUCUGGGGCUGCCUCGCCAGCAGGCACCGACUUGGGUCAAAAAGAUGCUCUGGGUAUGAGGACGCCCUCGGUCGACUUCUACCAGACUAGUGUGGAUGUGUACUCGUUGAAAGACAGCAGACGUGUAGCGACUCUGCUCGAGGGCCCCAAGAUUCCUCUCAAAGUCCCCAUCACGAGCCCUAUUUUCCAGGCACCACUGCCCACUGGGUCACUCCGGAUCCUUGCUGAAGGGGGGACCAUUGUGAUCGCAUCUGGGCAGACGGGUGAAAGCUGGAUUUAUCGCCAGGCGAGCAUCCCUCACGAACCAGGCAUCGAGUUCAGGUGCGUGGGCAAAUUGUGGACCACAGUCCAGCAACCUCUGGUGGAUCCAACACAAGAGAGCGAGCGAUUGCGGGCGACUGUGCAGCGUCAAGCUCCGAGGGCUCCCAUUAUUGCCAUGAAAGGGAGAUGGAUCGCCUACUGCCCCGCUGCUCCGUCGUCGCAAGUGUCUUUGCGGGCAACCGUGCCGGUCCCAGUUCAAGGCAAGGCACCAGGACUCGUAUCGUUGACACCGCCUCAGUUGCCGAGUGUGGUUUCUGAUGUCGACCUUCCAGAAGGAGACAGUAUCAUGAAUAAGCUGAUGCGCGAGACGACACAGGAAGUGAUCCAGGGCGCAAAAUGGAUUGGCGAGCGGGGACUGCAAGCCUUCAGCAACUACUGGAGCAAGUCCGCGAUGCCGUCCCAGCAGGCACGCUCGCCGCCGGGGGCGCAGCCUUGGAACCCGCCCUAUGCUCGAGCAGAUCCGCCACAGUUCCCGCCAACCCAUGGCUCUACAGCUCCAGCAGUUACAAAAGAGCCUGGCCUUGUGUCUAUUGUAGACGUUGAGACAUCCCUCGUCUCUUCCUCUAUACAUCCAACCACGACGUUCGCAACAUCAGGUUGCAGUUACUUGUCCUUCGCUCCUAAUGGACUGUCGCUAUUUACCGCGAGCCCCAAGGGCGAUGUCCAGAUUGUGUGGGAUUUGAUGCGCAUCCAGCACACGAAAUCCUCUCCGCUACAGACGGCAGCUGGACCAAGCUCCUCGAGCGGACCUCGCGUGCGGCAAAUUGCUCGAUUCUCGAGGAUGACCGUGGCACGCAUCGUUGAUGUGUCGUGGAUGAAACCUUGCGGCGACUGCAUAGCCAUGGUCACAGAGAGGGGCACAGUUCAUAUUCUGGAAAUGCCGGACAGUGCCUUUGCUUGGCCUCCUCCCCGUCGGAGGAUUCCCUUGCAGGAGACAAAUGCGAACGUCGCGGAGGGUGGCAGUUCUGCCGUGUCUAUUGCUACCGGAGCGUUCAAUUCGGCCUGGGACGCCGCUCGCCCGCUCAUCGACCGAUCCCGUCGCAGCAGUUCGAAUGCGCCUCAAACGACCGGCUCCAAGAUUGUCGGGCACGCCAACUACGGCGGCAAGAUAAUCGCCGCCGGUAUCAGCCACUCGCUUGGGAAAACAGGAAGCGCUAUCAAUCAGUUCCGCCACAGUGGUGACAACCGCAUAUCGCUUCCACUGGGCGCAAACGCACCGGGACCUUCGUGUGUCAUACUAGUCGCGAAUGGCAAGGACCACUCGCUGUUCGUCCUAGGGGAUGGGUUGGUACGGACGUUUCCCCAGCGGCCGCGUAAGGUGCGGACUGCGGACGGAAGGCAGAAUGCUACCCGUUUCAGAAGGUACAAAGAUUUCAAGCUUCCGACGCUCCCUGACGACCUCAUCUGUCCGGCUGUGAAGCGCCUGAUCGACCCUGAUGAGUAUCUGGACCUGAUGGACAGGGAGGUUGAUGCUGUCAACAACACGAUGGUGCUCAAUGCUCGACCCAAGAUCGCACGACGCAACCCCAGCGCAGAAUCGUCGAUACCACAGGCAGAAAUCGAGUCUUCUGCGCCUUACCAGCCGUUCCAUACCGACAAGCGUGUGGCACUCUAUGAGUACAGCACUGAGCAAGGAGCGAGUGCUGUCCCAUCGCAACUGCCCACAGCCUCGGUACUCCUGGCGGACACUACCCAGGACAGCAAAACAGCCCGUGCUACACCUCGACGCAAGCAAAAGUCUGCUGCUGCCAAGGACCCUGCGACCACCCCGGGAGGGGCGUGGGCUUUUGGACAGCCCAUCACUGCGAUCAGGAUCAAUAGUGGCCGCCGUCACAGUGGAGUGGACGAGGCGUUUAUCAUGUCGACAGACGAUGUGCGUGCGUUGCCGCAGUCGGCUAUGGAACGAUCUGUGAUGCGCCAGCAACGUGUCGACGAUGAGGAACAGAUCGUGAUUACAACGAGGCGGCGAAGGGGCGGGGGCCGCCACGGAGACCUCGAGGACGAGGACGGCUUCUUCGAGGACGACUGUGAGGUUCUUGACUUUGCAGACCAGCGGGUCUGAGAGACGGCCCCGGCCCUCGUUGUGACGGCAACUCCGCAUAGGUGGCCAACUUGAAGCCCUGACGCUCAUUGUGAAAGGGGGUUUUGAUUGCUCAUUGGGAGCCUCAGGGCAAUGCCUCCCUACCUUGCAUCGCUCUGUGCCAUGGGCUUUUUUGAGCUUAUUGCUUCUUCUGCUUGAAUGCGGUGGUUCUGGGUUAGGAUGGGGCUCUUCGGGACACGGCACAUAUCAGGUAGAUAGAGAGACAUCGCCACUUGGCAGAUAACCAAAUCAGUAAAACCCAAAAAAAGACAGAGACCCUGACGCUAUGUUAUGCGUUCAGGUCGAUGCAUUUGCAAGGCUUCCUGAUAUUA